AGAAGCUGAGAAGAAGCAUCCAAAAAAGUGACAACAAAGCCACGAUUGCAUUUACUGGAAAAAGAAACAACCUUUUUGCUUCAUUCUUCUUCUUUUUGCGUACAAAUCAAAAAGACUAUUCAAAAAGACUCUCUCUCUCUCUCUUUUGCUUGUACGAACCAGGAGGAAUAAGAAAGUAAAGAUUCUACCUUUCUCUGCAUCUGGGGUCCCUCUUAAGUACGAUGGCCACGGGAGAUCGCAAGAAGAUUAUCAUCGAUACUGAUCCUGGAAUCGAUGAUGCAAUGGCGAUAUUCGUGGCUUUGAAAUCACCUGAAGUUGAUGUCAUUGGCCUCACUACUAUCUAUGGGAACGUUUACACCGCUCUCGCCACUCGUAACGCCUUGCAUUUGUUAGAAGUUGCUGGUCGGACGGACAUUCCUGUGGCUGAAGGAACACAUAAAACUAUCCUGAACGGCACAAAACUUCGAGUUGCUGACUUCGUUCAUGGGAAAGAUGGGCUUGGCAACCAAAACUUCCCACCACCUGAAGGAAAGCCAAUUGAGAAAUCUGCACCUGAGUUCUUAGUUGAACAAGCUAAGCUUUACCCUGGUGAAAUCACUGUUGUUGCUUUAGGACCUCUCACAAACAUAGCACUGGCUGUUCAGCUUGACCCUGAGUUCUCAAAAAAUGUCGGACAAAUUGUUCUUCUUGGUGGAUCAUUCGCGGUAAAUGGAAAUGUAAAUCCAGCAUCUGAAGCUAAUAUUUUUGGAGAUCCAGAAGCUGCAGAUAUUGUGUUCACAUGUGGGGCUGAUAUAAUUGCUGUGGGGAUCAACGUAACUCAUCAAGUUGUUAUGACAGCUGAUGACAGGGACAAACUGGCAUCAUCAAACGGGAAACUAGGUCAAUACCUCUGCAAAAUCCUUGACUUGUACUAUUCUUAUCAUCUUGACGCUUAUGAGAUCAAAGGUGUUUAUCUUCAUGAUCCUACAACGAUCAUUGCGGCUUUUCUUCCUUCCCUGUUUACUUAUACUGAAGGAGUUGUUAGAGUUCAAACAGACGGUAUCACUAGAGGACUCACUUUACUGUACAACAAUCAGAAGAGGUUUGAGGAGGAGACCGAGUGGUCAGACAAACCAUCGGUAAAAGUUGCAGUGACGGUUGAUGCUCCAGCGGUCUUGAAGCUCAUAAUGGAUAGGCUUAUGGAGUCUUGAUCAUUUGGUCUUCGUGCUCUUUGAUAUUGCUCUUCUACUUGUAAUGUAAGCCCUCUCUUUUGCUUGUAACACAAGCCCUAUUGAAAUAAGGCUCUUCUUGCCACAAUUUUUAAGACUCAAAAUUCAUUUGGGUGCUUUUUAUAUCAUUUUUAUCAUAUAUAUAUCAACUGAAAAUCAAUUGAUACUAAUAAAAAAAUUUCAGUUUCUUUGUU